AUGAUGGUUGCUAUGGAUUCAGCAGCUGAAACAUAUCAGUCCUUUGGCUUUGGACUUCAGACAUUAACUUCUCAGACUUUAGUUGGAUUUCUCGACGUUAGGGUCUUCUUUUGUAGGUCGGCAUCUUGGGUAUUGAACUUUCCAAAUUCUGAACGAUAUGAUUGGUAUGUGGGUUGGGAGUGUGAGUUUGUUUUGUGUGUGGGUAGCCUUUUUUUUGCAGGUAUCGGUUGGUUUUGGCUUUGGGUCUUGGAUCUGGUAUCGGUUGAUCCAGAAAUCCAGCUCCUUUGGCAGUGUAAUUCGGCAAGAAAUUUGGUUCUUUUGGCCUUAGGAUUCGAGGUUGAAUUUGGAAACGUUCCGGAUGUUAGAAUGGUAAAAACGACCCGGUUAAACACUGAAGCUAUGAGGGGAAUUUAUAAGGAAUUAUGGCAAGGGAAAACUGAAUGGAUUAAAGAGAAUAGUUUCAGUAAAGGGAAAUUUAUACGCAGCUUUUUAAUAAGUNUUCUGACUUAUCAGGGCAAGGGAAAACUGAAUGGAUUAAAGAGAAUAGUUUCAGUUAAAAGAAUGGAAAAAAUGAAAAGGAACGGGGAAAAUGAAAGGGGAAAAGGAAAACGAAAGGUUUUCACUGGCUUCUAUUUCGGCACUGGACAUUUGAUACAUAAAUAA